AUGCCUGGGGCAGGAGUAGACGUCGAUCAUCUGGCAGUUACGUUUAGUGGAGCUCUCGGUGUAUCAGCUCGAGACCCCUCGGCUACUUGCUUGCUAGCAUGCGAUCCGAAUGAUCCACUCGCUCGAUGCGGAUUUUUGUCAUCUUUGCCCCUACGUACUGGGCCACAGAUUUUAAUAUCGGCCGGGCUGACUGGGUUAUUGGCUGCAUGGCAAUCAACUGGCGCAGGAAGUAAUGGUUUAUUCAAAGGAAUAUUCUCCACGAUCAAACAGGUUAUUUUGCCAGGUAAAUUGUUUCUUCAAAAUCCUAUCUCUCUGCUCAUGCGCGAAAACAGAGUUUGCGUGGAUCGAAAAAUAUGCACUCGCCAAUGCAGUUCGUCGCCGAUACAGCCCGAGGUUGAGUCCAAACGGAAAGCUCUAAACGCGAAAAAAUCGGGGCCGAAUUCAGCUCAGCUCGUUGCUGUGCAUCUAGGAUUGCUUGCCGUUAAAGGUGCUCUGCCACCGCGGGAGGACGUCGAGAACCCGGCAUCCAAGUCGGCGCUCAGCUUAAACAAGGGCGAAGACUAUUCAACUGCGUACACCCAGGAGUAUUUGAAUGUAUUGCAGAUGGUCUCGGAACAACCGGAAGGGUGGAACAAACCUACAUUCCACGAAUAUGUUCAACCAGGAUAUAGGAUCGUGACAGUCAAAGAGGCAACCUUCAUACCCGGGCUGUUGGAUCGGCUCCCCAAGGGCAGUGGAACGUUUAUGGGCUACCCUCUUCCUCAGGCAGCCACGAUUUUGUUGCUUCUACAGGUUAUUUGGUUCAUUGUCUAUGUUGUAGCCAGGCUCGCAACGGGAAUGUAUGUUACUGCGCUCGAGCUGUGGUUCCUUCCUUCUGCGGGUGCAUUGCUCCUGUUGCGUCUCGCCGGGGUUCUACAUCACCCAGCGUGGAAGGAAAUUGCACACAUUGACGUUGGAAUUCCCCACAUACGCAAGUACGGUCGAUCGUCUAGGUUGCAAUGGUUCCACACAACCUUUCUGUUUAUUCUUACUUGGGGCCCUUGGCCAAUUGUCCUUGCGUGUGGAUGGCUUCUGCACGAAGAAAGCCAACCAGCACCAGUUGUGGCCACGCUGCGGAACACUUUUAUAGCUUGGGUUAUUGUUAUACCACUCGCUGCGUUCGCAGGCCUUAUCUGGGGGCGAGGGAUUUUACAACUCUUGCCCGAAAUUGGUGACCCUCUUAAAGUUCAUACACCCACCAAGGGAGUGACUGCGCUGCCGGUGCGUGUAACAAUUAAGCUCAAACAGGCAUGUGAACUUGAUUUGACUGCCGCCAGGUGGGAACAUGCGAUAAAGACAGGGGGCGUAGCACGUCACUUUACUACCAUAUCUUCCUCUCGGCUCGGUAUUUUAGUACCUUGCCCCUUCCUUGUGAUCUUCCAAUCCCUCCCUCCCCCUCCCCUGAUGUCCCCAGGAAAGAUUGCACUUCCCACAACGCCCAAGCUCGAGAGCCAACCGCUCGAGCCUGAUGUUUCUCGUAAUACUGCGACCAAGCGUCUGUUGAAAGGCGCUGCACUGGGUACAGCUGCAUGGUUCAUCGUCACUAGCGCAUUGAAAGCCGGCUCUGGAUGGGAGCACAAAAGCAUAUGGGAAGACUUUGAUUUCGACACACCGCUCAGAUUCGAAGGUCGGCAUCCCCAUAGGCAUUCGCCCCUUCCCCCUGCUCCUCCACCAGGUUCCCGCAUGCCUCCACCUCCACCUCAUGGCGCACCUGUGCCUCCUCCCCCGCCUGGUGCGCCUGUGCCUCCUCCACCUCAUGGCCACCACGGAACCCACUCUCAAGUAUACAACCUUUCACCUUCGGUAGCUGAGCUUCGCUUUGCUUCGAUCGGUUUCCUCGGAUCUGGAUUACUGCGGGUUGAACCCGCUUCCGAGGGUGUUGAUAUCAUCCAGGCCGAAGUUCUUGGUUCGCAUGGUCAAGUAUGUGUGUUCAAAAGCGAAGACGGGGAAGAUGUUGGACUAGGAUUAGUUGGAUAUAUGCGUGGUCGCAGUCGACAUGGAUGGAAGGCCAAGGCGAAGGCGUGGUGGAAACGAGAUCACUCUCAGGAUGGUGACUACGAAUCUGACCUCAAGGAUGGAGAGGAAGGCUUCGAAUCCUUUGAUCAUGAUCUAUCUAUAAACCCGGAAAUCCCUCAUUCCCCCCCUGGCGAGCAUCCUAUGCCGCCUCCUCCACCGGGUCGCAAACUUCCCCCACCGCCACCUCGGGGACCUCCUUCACGACCUCCAUCAGGAGACGAUUUGCCUCCACCACCGCCUCCACCCCACCCAUUCCCUCACGGCCCUCAUUUCCGAGGACCUAUCCACAUCAUACUUCGUGUCCCCACUGGUCAACUUCCAGGACUUAAAACUCGUCUCCCCUUCUUCACACACGAUCUUGCCCUUACUCCUUCAUCCUCCAGCUCCCUUGAGAUUGAGAGCGAGAUCCCAACUUUUGCUGGACUUGACCUUCAAACUCGAGAGGCCGGCGUCUUACUUGGCUCCGCUAUUGUCUCCAAGGGCUACAAUGCCACUGUGAAGAGCAGAAACGCCCCGAUCCGAGGGGAUUUGACCUUGCUUGAUGGCUGGGCCGAUUUAGAGACCAAAAAUGCCAAGGUCGAUGUUGGUUUGUCUGCUCGUAGUGGUGGGGUGGAUGUAAAGACAUCUAACGGGCCCAUCGUUGCAACCCUUGACCUUCAGACAGGAAAAGAGUUCGACGCUUCAUUCUUUACAACUAACGGUCAUCUGACUGUUAACGUGACGUCUCUUCCUGCGGGAUCCAAGCUCUUCUUCGAUGCCCAUACUUCGAAUGCCCCUGCCAGCGUGCAGCUGCACCCAGCGUAUGAAGGGACUUUCGAACUGGCAAGCUCGAUUGUCUCUCCCGCCGUUGUUGGAGAAGAGAAAGAAGGCCGUAAAAUUGAGUUUGAAAGAGAGGGACGCCUUGUAAAGGGUAGUGUUUGGCGGGAAGACAAGGGCGUGAGGGAGGGUGGCGAGGUUGUAGUGAGAACCUCUAAUGCACUGAACGUCUUGUUACUUUAG